GAUGCCAUGGGUGUGUAGUAGCAUGAGUCUGGCAGAUUUUUUGGUUUAUUUUUUUAUGUUACUUUUCGGUUUUUCGGUUUGUAUCAUUGCGGUCCAGAGGUGUGAUAACUUUGCUUAGUUGAGUGUUUUAUGAAGGGAGAGGAGAGAGCGUUUAUCACUCACAAUGACAAAGAAAUUUAAUAACUCCGCUGAGUUAGACUCUUUUAUUAAAGGAGUGGAGGAGGAGUCGAAGACUAAAUUCAUCACUUACAGCGUGGACCGGCAUUACAAUGACAAAGAUUGGGAACCUUUACCCGUUAACCGGGUCUACUGGCAGUGGGCUGGUGGCUCUGGGAUGCCGGCCAUUGAAUUUACUGGGAUCCCAUUUAUGUUUGUGGGGAUGAAAAAGCUUGUCUGCCAUCAAGGGAAAGACCUCGCCUUAGCCCAGAAGCAGAGGUAUGCGGCGGAAAAGGCUAAAAAGAUGAUGGUGGACUGCAGUUUGGGCAGCCACAGAUCUCUCAGGCAAGACACAAAAAAAGUGGGAUGCCCGGCAGCCAUAUCGAUCAGCAAGAUUGCAACAUUCCCUGAAUUUAAGGUGAUGGAAAACAGGGAAUGGAGUAAGAAGACAACUUCCAAGAUGCUGAGAGCGGCUUUGGAGAGAGAUCCAGUUGUAUGGGAAACACGCUACGCUGUCUCACACCAAAGUGAGCAUGCUGGACACGCAACAGGCUGUAGUUUGCCCAAACGCAGACGUGCGAGGAAAACAGAUCUGAGGAGGACAUGUGUCAAACUCACCGAACAGAUCAUGGAAAAAAUCUAUAUCACUGAGGACCAACACACCCUAAAGGAGCUUUCACAAAAACUAACCACUCUGCUGAAAGACCUCACACCUCAGACCAGGAAUGAGGACGGGAUGCCGCUGCAUCUACAAGCAAAGAGGGUCCGAGUUUCAUCAGACGUACCCGUAACAACCCCAUCGCCUCAGAGGUCCAUUUGAAGACCCCCAUCCAGCUACACUGGCAGAGCGGGAGCUCACACCAAAAGCAUGCAGUACGCCCACAAAGUGCCUGUAGAUCCAGCCGUCGUCUCCCCCGACCCCCCCUCCCUUUCUCUGUUUUGAGUUGUGCUAAAUAAAGACGAGGCUGUUUGCGUCGUCCUUCACAGAAUCCUGAGCGCCAGAAUAUUAAGGACCCGUCAUUUAGUCUACGUUGGGGAUAUGGAUUCAUAGCAUGUAGCACUACUUUUAUUGUUGUCAAAUAAAUGUAUCUGACCAAUUUGAAAA